AUGGCUCUCCCUCUCCUCCCCGCAGACUGGUCCGCGGACAAGGACUUCAAGCGUCUCAACGCUUUGUCCUCCGCUUCUGAGCGCACCAUUGAGCCCGUUGGCCCUCACUUCCUCGCCCACGCCCGCCGUGCCCGCCACAAGCGUACCUUCUCUGAGGACGACCGCAUCCAGGCCCAAGAGAAGGCCCGCAAGACCGAAGAUGUCGACGAUGGCGAGAUCUCCGAGCCUGAGGAUCCCAUGGACCUCCAGCGCGAGGCCAAGGACUGGAAGACCCAGGACCACUACAAGAUCCUCGGCCUCAGCAAGUACCGCUGGAAGGCCAGCGAGGACCAGAUUAAGAAGGCUCACCGCAAGAAGGUCUUGAAGCACCACCCCGACAAGAAGGCCGCCCAGGGCUCUACCGAGGACGACCAGUUCUUCAAGUGCAUCCAGAAGGCCACCGAGGUCCUGCUCGACCCUGUCAAGAGGAGGCAGUACGACUCGGUCGACGAGGAGGCCGACGUCGACCCCCCGACCAAGAAGCUCUCCGGCAAGGACUUUUACAAGGCGUGGAGCAAGUUCUUCAAGGCCGAGGCGCGCUUUAGCAAGGAGCACCCCGUCCCCACGUUUGGCGACGAGAACGCCUCCAAGGAGCACGUCGAAGACUUUUACAACUUCUGGUACAACUUUGACUCGUGGCGCACCUUUGAGUACCUCGACGAGGACGUCCCCGAUGACAAUGAGAACCGCGACCAGAAGCGCCACGUCGAGCGCAAGAACGCCAACGCCAGGAAGAAGAAGAAGGCCGAGGACAACAUGCGUCUGCGCAAGCUGCUCGACGACGCCUCCGCCGGCGAUGAGCGCAUCAAGAGAUUCCGACAAGAAGCUAACGCCGCCAAGAACAAGAAGAAGGCGGACCGUGAGGCGGCCGAGAAGAAGGCUAUUGAGGACGCCAAGGCCAAAAAGGAGGCCGAGGAGAAGGCGAAGGCUGAAGCAGAGGAGAAGGCCAAGGCUGAGCGCGAGUCGUCCAAGAAGGCCAAGGAGGCGGCCAAGAAUGCCGUCAAGAAAAACAAGCGUGUUCUCAAGGGCAGUGUCAAGGAUGCCAACUACUUUGCCGAGGGCGACGCAAGCGCCGCCCAGGUUGAUGCCGUGCUCAACGACGUCGACCUCGUGCAGGCCAAGAUUGACCCCGAUGAGAUUGCGGCGCUUGCCAACAAGCUCAACGGUCUCAAGGUCUCGGGUGAGAUCAAGAGUGUCUGGAGCGACGAGGUCAAGAGGCUCGUCGAGGCUGGCAAGCUCAAGGAGGGUGACGCUAAGACUCUUGCUUAA